CCGUUAUUUUGGAAAAUGAGUGGAAGCAGCCUCAAGGAAUUGUACGAGCUUGAAUCACAGUAUGGACCAUUUUUUACUGGAGGAAAUAUCGAGUGGAGCUCGGACGGACAUUAUUUUUUUUGCCAGAAUGGUGGGACAGUACACGUUCUGUCCCUAGAUACUGGACACGUCGAAAGUGUCUUAGGAGAAACUUCGACUGAUCAAGAUGAGGAUACAGUGAACAGUUUUGCACUUGAUCCCAGUGACGAUGGCAUUGUCACACAUCAUAAAAGUGGACUCUUCAAAUUAUGGAAUUGGAAAGAAGUCAAACUCAAAAAAAUGUGGAAGGCAAUACAUAAUGGACCAGUCGCCGAAGUUACUUUUUCACGUAAUAGCCAAACAAUGGCAAGCGGCGGCAGCGAUAGUAGCGUUAGAUUAUGGGACUUGGAACACCAAGCUUGCACACACAAUUUGAAGGGUGUUCAAGGAGUCGUGAGUGUUUUGGCUUUUCAUCCACGACCGGAUAAAGAGUUAAUAUUUGCUGCUGGUGAUGAUACAAAAAUAUACGCAUGGAAUUCGAUAACUGGUCAACAAAAGAUUGUUCUUUCCGGGCAUUUCAGCAAGGUUACGUCGCUUUCGUUUCACGACGAUGGAAUUCAUUUAGUCAGUUCUGGAAGAGACAAAGUACUUAUCCUGUGGGAUAUUUCCCAAGGAAGUAUAGUACGCACUGUUCCAGUUUACGAAGGCGUUGAGGGUGCCUUCUUGUUACCUACAAACAGUACAAAACUCAUAUCUUCUUAUCAGUCUAAUGGGAUUUACGUCGCAGCUGCAGGAGAAAAAGGAGUUGUCAAAAUAUGGGAAAUGAGGUCUGGAAACAAGGUAUACGAGCAGAAAAAUUCUCUGGUCGCAUCUGCAAAAGAAGUUGGAGGAUUGGCUAUUACCCAGCUGUUAUACAAUCACGUCACUAAUAGCUUAGCAGUGGUAUCGACAGAGCAUAACGUUAUUAUUCAUCAGUUAGACACCUUUGAAUGCAAGAAACAGCUAGUCGGAUACAGCGAUGAAAUCUUGGAUGUUGUAUAUUUUGGUACCAAAGAUACGCAUUUGGCGGUAGCGACAAACAGUCCUGACAUAAAGCUUUACGAAUUGACGACAAUGAAUUGUCAGCUCUUAUGUGGUCACACAGAUUUUAUUUUGUCUCUUGCUACUACGCCAGCCAACUUCAACUUAUUACUGUCUUCUGCAAAGGACAAUAGUGUUAGAUUGUGGCUUAUGGAUUCGGAAACAUUUAAAGUUUCUUGCGUUGCUCAUGCAGUUAGACACACGGCGUCGGUGGGAUCAGUUUCCAUAUCUCACACAUCUGUGAAAUUCUUUGCAUCAGUAAGUCAAGAUUUGUGUUUAAAGAUAUGGGAUUUACCUGAGAAGAUUUCAUCCAACGAAACAGAAAACUCGCUCAACGUUCGAUGCACGGAAUUGGCGCAUCAGAAAGACAUAAACGCCGUUGCAAUAUCGCCAAAUGAUAAACUUGUCGCUACUGGAUCCCAAGAUAAAACUGCCAAGUUAUGGACUGCGGAAAGCUUACAACUCGUCGGUGUUUUGCGUGGCCAUCGCAGAGGAGUUUGGUGUGUAAGAUUCUCACCCAUAGACCAAGUGCUGUUAACAACUUCAGCAGAUUGUAGCAUCAAAUUAUGGUCACUGACUGAUCUGUCUUGUUUAAAGACGCUAGAAGGGCACGAAUCUUCUGUUUUAAGAGCAGAGUUCUUAUCUCGAGGAAUGCAGCUGGUCACGGCUGGAGCUGAUGGGCUCCUCAAACUGUGGAGCAUUAAAACGUCCGAAUGUGUCGCUACUCUUGAACACCAUGAAAACCGAGUCUGGGCACUUGCAGUGUCUCGAAACGAAACUCAUAUUGUCAGUGGUGGAAGUGAUUCGAUAUUAGGUAAAUGGCGAGAUGUUACCGAAGAAAAGAAAGCUGCGGCUGCCGCUGAGGCUGAACGUUUGGCGUUAGAAGAACAGAAACUUUCAAAUUUAUUAAAAGCUGAUAAGCUAUUAGCCGCUUUAAAGUUGGCUCUUAAACUGGAAAGACCUCUUCAAGUGUUGAAGAUUAUCGAUAGUGUUAUCAGAAAGGGUGAAGAUGGUCUGCGUGAAACGAUACAUCAGUUAAAGCAAACACAGAAAGAAUCAUUGCUCAGAUGUGCAGUGACGUGGAAUACCAACAGUCGGAAUGCUCAAUCAGCUCAGCUAGUGAUAAACGUCCUAUUGGACGAGAUUAGUAGCGGGGAACUGAAAGUACCUGGAUUAGCCUCUUCAUUGGAAGCUAUGAUUCCCUACACCGAAAGACACUUCAAAAGGCUGACUCAGCUCAUGCAAGAUCUUCACUUUAUUUCUUACACCGUUACUUGUAUGCAGCCCCAUAACAAGAUAAGUCCAACUUGAAUCUUGCAAAUAAUUUUACCUUAAAUACAUACUUGCAUCGAGACUAUUAACAUCGACUAUAAUCGUCUAUCCGUGCUACUUUUUGUACUGGAAAAAGAACGCUAUUUGCAAAAAACAAAUAAUGUA